AUGGUGGAGGACCUUCCCUGGUCUUCCAAAAAGCUAACUCUGAGCUUUGGCGAGACGCUGCUGCCCUCUGCCUCAAAGCCAAAACACAGAAUCAUACCCAAGAACUUCCAGCAGUUCCUGGCCUUGAUGUUUGCAGUUACAGAAGUCAACAAGGAUCUGGUUCUCCUCCCCAACAUCACCCUGGGCUUCCACAUCUAUGAAAAUCACCAGAGUGACAGCAAUAAUACUUUAUUCAGCCUCUCCCUGCUCUCCACACGAGGCCAAAUGGUUCCAGGUUAUAAAUGUGACAGGAAGGAGCCUCUGCUCUCUGUCAUUGGAGAAGAUUCUCACUUUCUCCAGCUCGGUGUUGGCUUUGAGUUCUCUGAGGGAGACAGAAGAGUUUAUCCUUCCUUCUUCCGGAUUAAUUCCAAGGAAUCUGCUCAGUAUGAAGGUUUAGUUCAGCUGCUCCUGUAUUUCCAGUGGAACUGGGUUGGGCUGGUGGCCCCUGAAGAUGACGAUGCAGAACGUUUCAUUUCAUCUCUGGUGCCAAGGCUGAAGGAGAAGGAAAUCUGCCUGGUCUUCAUUGAAAUGAUGAAACCUGAUUUUCACGCUGCUUCCGAUUCAAGAGUAUACCAGAUUUUCAACACUUGGUCUAUAGGUGAAGUGAUUGUUUUGUUUGGAGGCCCCAGUACUGUUAGAAACGUACAGGUAGCUGUGUAUGCUUAUGAAGAAUUGAGAAAUGAGCCAUUUGUCAAAGUUUGGAUCUUCACAUCCAAUUGGAAUAUUAAUGCGAUGAAUUCUCAAUAUGUACUGCCAGCUAUAAAGCCUUUCCAUGGGGCUUUGCAUUUUAGGCACCACACUGGGGAUAUCUCAGAAUUCAGCCAGUUUCUCAUGUCUUUAGACCCUUUGAACACACACGGGUACACCUUUCUCCCGCUGUGGUGGGAAAGGAUCUUCGACUGCAAUAUCCAUAAACCAGGCAAAAUCCUUCCAAAGGGGGGAAAAACAUGUACAGGAAAGGAAAAUUUACAGAAUUUGCCAUCUUAUGUGUUUGAAAUGAGCAUGUCGGGUGAAAGUUACAACUUCUACAAUGCCAUUUAUGCCAUGGCGCAUGCAAUGCAGGGAUCGGGAGAGCAACCAGCCAUGGUGAGGCUUGGAGAGAGGAUCUUAAAUGUCCCACCGUGGCAGAAUGACAAAGUUCUAAGUGAUCUUGGAGGCUUAGAGAUUAACAGAGUUGGAAGUGCAAAAGCGUGUGGAACCAUCUUGGAACUGCGGAAAAGACUGUGUGGUAAAUGUGAGACAGAUUCUGAAAGCUGUGAUCCCUGCCCAGAAGACCAAUAUCCCAACAUGGGGAAGGACCACUGCAUUGCCAAGAAGAUCCACUUCCUUGGCUAUGAAGAACCCCUUGGAUACGCUUUAACUUCUCUCACACUUUCUCUCUCCAUGAUCACAUUGGGAGUCCUGGCAAUUUUCCUUAAACAUCAUGAUACACCGAUCGUCAAGGCCAACAACCGAGAUCUCACUUACCUCCUCCUGGUCUCCCUCUUGCUCUGCUUCCUCUGCUCAUUUCUCUUCAUUGGUCAACCCAGGAAGCUCACCUGUCUCUUCCGACAAACUACCUUUGCCGUUCUCUUUUCCCUUGCAGUUUCCUCUGUCUUGGCAAAAACUGUCAUGGUGGUUUUGGCAUUCAUGGCCACCAAGCCUGGGAACAGGGCAAGGAAACUCUUAGGAAAACCAUUGACCAACUCCAUUGUCUUAGGCUGUCCCCUGAUCCAAGCAGUUCUUUGUGCCACCUGGCUGGUAACUUCUCCCCCAUUUCCCAACUUGGACUUCCACUCCUUGGUUGGAGAGGCCAUCUUGGAAUGUAAUGAAGGCUCAGCUUUCAUGUUUUAUGCUGUCCUUGCCUACCUGGGUUUCCUGGCCUUCGUCAGUUUCACGGUGGCCUUUUUGGCUAGGAAAUUGCCUGACAGCUUUAACGAAGCCAAGUUCAUUACUUUUAGCAUGCUGAUCUUUUGCAGUGUUUGGAUCUCAUUCCUCCCCACAUACCUGAGCACCAAAGGGAAGUCCAUGGUGGCCGUGGAGAUCUUCUCCAUUUUGGCCUCUGGGGCUGGUCUCUUGGCUUGCAUCUUUUUCCCCAAAUGCUACAUUAUUCUUCUGAGGCCCCAUCUCAAUUGUAGAGAGAAUAUAAUGAGGCACAAGAGUCUCUGA